UCCCAUCACAUGUGCUCUUUGGUAGUGCCAGGAAAUUUCCCACACACUAGCAGCCAAUCACUGUUCUCAUUGUUAGGAGAAACUGUUCUUAGGGGAUAAUUGCUUAAGUGAAACGGUUGGGAUUAGAUGGACAGGAGCCAUCUAGUCCUUCCUUCUGCUGCUACCUCUUCCCUGAACUGAGCUCUCAUAAUCAGCAGGAUGUUAAGAUACCUCUUCCUCACGAAGGCACUUGUUGCUCUUGGGUUCCUGGCAUCUUGGGUAGCUGCAGGAGACCACGCAUUAAGAGGUGAAUGUCCUGCUGACCCUCUUCCGUGUCAGGAGCUGUGUGCUGGGGAUGAAUCCUGUCCCCCGGGGCACAAAUGCUGCAGCACCGGGUGCGGCCAUGCAUGCCGAGGAGACAUUGAGGGAGGGCGGGAUGGUCAAUGUCCUAGAAUUCUGGUAGGCCUGUGUAUUGUCCACUGCAUGAUGGAUGAGAACUGUCAACCCGGGGAAAGGUGCUGUAAGUCAGGCUGUGGCCGCUUCUGCAUCCCAGGACUCCAGCCCCUCCAACAGCCCACAGGCUCCAAUCUGACUGAUGGUUCUAAUUCUAAAUUAGAGGCUCAAGCACCCUAGCUGACCUGAUAUGCCUGGAGCUCCAGGAAGCUUCUGGAAGCCAGGAUGGGUGACAUCCUGGGGCUCGUGACACUCCCUGGAGUAUCAGGCCUUCUCCUUGUUUCUACUGCUACUUACAGCACAUGGAACUGCCUUGGUGCUGGGCGCUUUUCUUUCCCAAUAAAAUGCUGGCAUGGACCCUCUUGUCUGUACUGUGUAGGGGGUCACUGUAGCAGGAGACCUAGUGAGUCUACCUGUGCAUGGCUUUGGCAUUGUGAAACCUACGGACUAAAGAAAGUUAGCACAUUCUUUUU